GGCUGUAGGGAUGUUACAGAGAAACCGAGGUUGUGGUUAGUUCUGAUUUUUGGCCGGUGAGGUAACAAGGCAGGUGGUUCGUUAUUCAAAGGGGCGGUGCAAUCGAUUCUGGUUGGGCGGGGAGCCAGUCGGCUUUGAAGAGAUCCUAUUGGGCACCUCAGAGAAGGAGGAAGGCUGUUAAUGAUGGGGACGUGGCUCGGGGUCUCCCGGACGGCGGUGAGUUUACUGGUCUGCCGUUGGACCUUCCCGUCCAGGAUUGGAAUCAUCAACUAUUUGCUGUCCACUUGCGAAAAUCAAGCAACCAUUUCAGUGGUUAAAAUUAACUAAACAGCAUUUGAUAUUAGCCAAAGAGAAAUAUUUGACUAUACUGAAAAAUAUUCUAUCUUCCCAGUUUGACAGAUAGUAGCUACUGCUAUGUUUUGGACAAAAAGCAGGCCAAGAAAUAAGACAUUUCUAGUUCCAAGGAAUUUAAGCUUGAAUAAAGAAGAGUGUGUAAUGUUCAACAUAUUUUUUCCUCAUGCUUUCUGGAAUUUGAAUUCAUAUUUGAUUCAGUGAUCCUAACGUAUACUGUAGAUGACAGUUAGCUUUUAUUAAUUGGUCAUAUUGCGUGUAUAUUUGAGAUGCAAAAAGCAUAUGACAGAAAGGUUGGGGUAAUUUCUGAGUGCUUUCCUCAGUAAUAAAAACUGGACAAUGAGAAUAACUGGAUUCAUUUCCUUAUGGAUGUUAGCAUCACUGCUUUGCUGUCAACUAAUAACCUCUGCAGAACACGAGGAUAUAGUGAAACAUGCAAUAAAACUGCAUCGUGGGAAAGGAGCUGCUGUUACACAGAGGAAACAGUGGCUUGUAGAAAACUGCAGAAAGCUAUCUGGACUCCUCCGUCAAAAGAAUGUGGUUCUCAACAAACUAAAAAGUGCAAUAAGAGCAGUGGAAAAGGACUCGGGGCUGUCACUUGAAGAGAGGACUUUUCAGGUCCACACAUUUGAAAUUUUUCAAAAGGAGCUAAACGAAAGUGAAAACUCUGUCUUCCAAGCGAUCCAUGGACUCCAAAGAGCUCUACAAGGUGAUUACAAAGAUGUUGUGAACAUGAAAGAAAGCAGUCGGCAGCGACUGGAAGCUUUGAGAGAAGCUGCAAUAAAGGAGGAAACCGAAUAUGUUGAACUUCUAGCAGCAGAAAAACAUCAAGCUGAAGCCCUGAAAAACAUGCAGCAUCAAAAUAAAAGUCUAUCCAUUCUUGAUGAAAUUCUUGAAGAUGUAAGAAAAGCAGCUGAUAGACUGGAAGAGGAGAUAGGAGAGCAUGCCUUUGAUGACAACAAGUCAGUGAGAGGAGUUAAUUUUGAAGCUGUCUUAAGAGUGGAAGAGGAUGAAUCAAACCCAAAAAGGAAUGUUUCAAAAAGGGAGGUGGAAGAUGAUUUGGGUCUAAGUAUGCUUAUUGAUUCUCAAAACAAUCAGUAUAUACUUACUAAGCCCAGGGACUCUACCAUUCCACGUGCUGAUCAUCAUUUUAUAAAGGAUAUUGUGACCAUAGGAAUGCUAUCUUUGCCUUGUGGCUGGCUGUGCACAACAAUAGGAUUACCAACUAUGUUCGGAUACAUUAUUUGUGGAGUACUCCUGGGACCAUCAGGAUUAAACAGCAUUAAGUCAAUUGUACAGGUAGAGACUUUGGGAGAAUUUGGUGUAUUCUUCACAUUGUUCCUGGUUGGCCUGGAGUUUUCCCCUGAAAGGUUAAGAAAGGUGUGGAAGAUAUCAUUGCAAGGACCGUGUUACAUGACACUCCUGAUGAUUGCAUUUGGCUUACUGUGGGGACAUUUUCUACAAAUUAGAGCAACACAGAGUGUUUUCAUUGCUACUUGUUUAUCAUUAUCAAGCACACCAUUGGUAUCCAGAUUCCUUGCAGGGAGUGCUCGGGGAGAUAAAGAAGGAGAUAUUGAUUAUAGUAGUGUUCUGCUUGCAAUGUUGGUGAUGCAGGAUGUACAGCUUGGCUUGUUUAUCGCUGUCAUGCCAACCCUUAUUCAAGCUGGAGUUGGCACGCAUUCCAGCAUUAUCAAGGAAAUAAUGAGAAUACUAACGCUUAUUGGACAAAUUCUAUUUUCUCUGGCUGCUGUCUUACUUAUAUGUCUUGUUUUAAAGACAUAUCUAAUAGGACCAUACUACCGCAAGUUGCAUAUGGAAAGCAAAGGAAAUAAAGAAAUCCUAGUUCUAGGAAUAUCGGCCUUUAUGUUCCUUAUGUUAAUGAUCACAGAGUUAUUGGAUGUUUCCAUGGAACUGGGAUGUUUCCUAGCAGGAGCACUUAUUUCUUCUCAGGGUCACAUGAUUACUGAAGAGAUUAUGUCUUGUAUUGAACCAAUACGUGAUUUCCUUGCCAUCAUAUUCUUUGCAUCUAUAGGCCUUCAUGUUUUUCCUACGUUUGUAAUUUACGAACUCACAGUCUUGCUGUUUCUUACAUUUUCAGUGGUAAUAAUGAAGUUUUUUCUGGCAGUACUUGUCCUUUCUAUGAUUCUUCCAAAGACGAGUCAGUACAUCAAAUGGAUUGUAUCAGCAGGCUUGGCUCAAGUCAGUGAGUUUUCCUUCGUCCUGGGAAGUAGAGCACGCAGAGCGGGUAUAAUUUCUCGAGAGGUCUACCUCCUUAUACUGAGUGUGACUACUUUAAGCCUAUUGCUUGCACCAGCACUCUGGAGAGCUGCGAUUAUGAAAUAUGUAACAAGGCCCGAAAAAAGAUUAAGUUGCUGAAGAUACUUUACAAAAGCUUCCAUGAAGAAAACAUCUUUAUAUUCAUUACAUUUCUUAUGAAGCAAACAAAAGUAGCUAUAUGUU